CAUGCGCGCACACAUAAACGUACUUCCGUUUCCGGUGUUCUUGCCGUUUCAUAUUGUCUGCAAAACGCCGGUCAAAGUAACAUUUAAAAAUGCUUUCACGCGUUGCCAGACCAACUUCUUGCUUACUUAGCCGUGCAUUUUCAACUACCCUACAGACAAAUUCAAAUGUAGCUGUGCUAGGUGCCAGUGGGGGGAUUGGACAGCCCCUGUCUCUUCUUCUUAAGAUGUCUCCAUUUGUGUCAAGGCUUAACCUAUACGAUAUUGCCCACACCCCAGGUGUAGCAGCAGAUCUUAGUCACAUAUCAACAAAGGCACAAGUAAAGGGGUUCCUUGGACCAGAACAGCUAGAUGAUUGUCUUAAAGGGGCAGAAGUUGUACUAAUUCCUGCUGGUGUGCCAAGAAAACCAGGGAUGACUAGAGAUGACUUAUUCAACACAAAUGCAUCCAUUGUGAGAGAUUUAGUGAGAGCUUGUGCUAAAACUUGUCCCAAAGCCAUGAUCUGUGUAAUAACCAAUCCAGUAAACUCAACUGUUCCCAUUGCAUCUGAAGUAAUGAAAGAAGAAGGUGUUUAUGAUCCAAAAAGAAUUUUUGGUGUUACAACCCUGGAUGCUGUUAGAGCUAGCACAUUUAUUGCAGAAGCUAAGGAUUUACAUGUGAAGUCAGUCAGUCUACCAAUUAUUGGAGGACACAGUGGUGUAACGAUAGUGCCAUUGAUAUCACAGUGCACACCUCCUGUCUCCUUCCCACAGGAUACUCGUGAGAAAUUAACAGUUAGGAUACAGAAUGCUGGAACUGAAGUUGUGGAGGCCAAGGCUGGAGCUGGUUCAGCAACAUUGUCCAUGGCUUACGCUGCAGCAAAGUUUGCAGAGAAUCUGAUGGAGGCAAUGGGAGGGGCUGAUAACAAGGUGGAGUGUGCAUUUGUUCGUUCAGAUGUCAUAGAUGGUGUCACUUACUUCGCAAACCCAUUACUCCUUGGUGAAAAUGGAGUGGAGCAGAACCUUGGAGCUGGAAAAUUAAUUGAUUAUGAAAAGAAAUUAGUGGAUGAAGCAGUGGGUGAACUCAAGGCUAACAUCAAGAAGGGAGAAGAGUUUGUAACUGCAUCAAAAAAAUGAAAUGUUCCAACAGAUAACAAAUAAACAGCAUGUUUCUGAAUGGAGUGGAAGAGACAAUAUACGAGACAAUGUAGAUUCUAUUGGAUUGUAAAAAAGCAUAUUUUUACAAUGAAUUUCUUUAUAGUAAAGACAUAUUUUACUUUGCUUUUCUUGCACGUUAUUUAUAUGUAGACAGUCAUAUCGUGAACGGUUAAAUUAGUUACUCAUCACCAGUUGGAAUGUGUUCACAUUCUUGCGUUACAUGUUUGUUUAUUUUGUAAUAUAAAACAUGAACAUGCUUCUUAUUGUGUCUGGUAUUUUCUGUUUACAUUGCAGUGUUUUUUUUUAUAGACUUCUUGAAAUACUGUGAACAGGUCUUGUAAAAUAGUGGUUGAAUAGCUUGGUACUGACCAAAUGUCAGUUUUAUAGAAUAGUCUUUAUUGUAGACAGCAGAAAAAAAAUUUGAAAAAAAAAUAAAUAUCACCCUGCCAGCAGCAUGUGCUAUGACACAGACCAUGUACCAGAUAUACUUAGAUACUUGUAAGAAGAAUGUUUUAGAAAGUGCUAUUGUAUAUAUAGAUGCUGUUACACAUUCUGAAGUUCGUUGCAUACAGUAUAUUAUAAAAUGGAAAAUGUCAUACAUUUGUGGAAUUUUCUGUUAAUUGUGAACAAAUUGUGGAGACAAAAGCUGUAGUUACUUUGCAUGGUGUCUAGAACUGCCAUAAUGUAAAACCAUUUCCAGAAAAAAGUGGGUAUAUUUUGUUCAUCAGCAUUGAAUCUGUAGGGAUCAUUCUUAUGGUAAAAUCAUCACUUUCAGUCCAAACUAGAGAAAUUACUAUAUACUUAAACCUAUUAAUGUACUUUUGUUAAUGAUUUCUUAUGGUGAAAUAAAAAGUAACCUGUUA